AUUCUCUUAGCGCUCCUUUCCGCGUGAUUGGUAAACUUGACAGUGAUUGACGGGCAUCCAUGGCAACCAAUCUGCCAAGUCCAAUAGAAAAUCAGCAGAGGGGCUGACUGUAUUUCCCCCCUUCAAAAUACAUCUCGGGUCUAGUUUUUAUACUCUUGUAAUUUCAACAUACCAAGUUCACCAGCCGAGGGCAUAGUUCCUCCGUGUUUUUAACGGUUGAUCUGUUAACUUUGGGCUUGCCUUUUUGUCUGGAUCCGACGAUCAGAGAACGAGAGGGAGAGAAGGGUAGGCGCGAGAGGGGAGCGUGUGAGUCAGAGAGAGACGGAGGUGAAACGAAAAGCCUCCAUGUUUCAGCUGCCUAUCUUGAAUUUUAGCCCCCAGCAGGUUGCGGGGGUUUGCGAGACCCUGGAAGAGAGCGGGGACAUUGAGCGCCUCGGUCGCUUCCUCUGGUCUCUGCCGGUUGCCCCAGCUGCCUGCGAGGUCCUCAACAAGAAUGAGUCGGUGCUUAGGGCGCGGGCAAUCGUGGCCUACCACACCGGGAAUUUCCGAGAACUCUACCACAUUCUGGAGAACCACAAGUUCACCAAAGAGUCUCACACUAAACUACAGGCCCUGUGGCUCGAGGCGCACUACCAGGAGGCAGAGAAGCUGCGGGGCCGCCCGCUAGGGCCAGUGGACAAAUACAGGGUGCGGAAGAAGUUCCCUCUACCCAGAACGAUAUGGGACGGAGAGCAAAAGACCCACUGCUUCAAGGAGAGAACCCGACAUUUGUUACGAGAAUGGUACUUGCAGGAYCCUUACCCGAACCCGAGCAAAAAGAGGGAGCUCGCGCAGGCUACUGGACUUACUCCCACACAAGUSGGAAACUGGUUCAAAAAUCGUAGACAAAGGGAUAGAGCGGCGGCUGCGAAAAAUAGGCUACAACAGCAAGGGAUGUCCCAAGGCUCGGUUCGGUCUUUGGCAGAUGAUGAUGGAACCGUCGAUCGACUCGGUCCCGCCUCUAGUCCCGAGGCAAGUUUGUCAAGCAAAGCCGCCACCUCGGCUAUCUCGAUCACUUCCAGCGACAGCGAAUGUGACAUCUAAUGGCGCACGAGGCAGUCCAGAGGAGGGAGAGGAUAAAUUCACAGGAGAUAAAUAAAGGAGAUCCUAAAAGACAAUCUAACAAAAAAACAGUCAGUGCCUGCGUUUGAAUUUAAAGAAACUGGUCUUCUUUGAUGGCUGCCAACACAUGAGGGAUCUGACGGAAUGCCCUGUCUUAAAGCUAUAGGCUACUUUCAUUUUUUUUCGUUUUCCACUAUGGAUGACUGAAGCUAAUGCAAGCUGAAAGAAAAUUUAAAGAAAAAACAUAUUCAUAUUCACGAUCCCUUUUUAGGGAGGACUAAUAAACCAAUGCCUCAAGAUACAACUAAAACUGAAAAAAAAAAGACAUUUGAGCGCCUAACCUGCUAUUUUCUGUGGGUAUUUCAUGUUGAAAAGACGCUGUAAUAUUUUUACUUUACUUUUAAAGUUUUAUAAAUAAUGUUUAUUUACCUAUUUAAAUGAUUGGCUCUGUUAGAAUGUGAUAUUAUUUUGCUUGGUGUUUUUAAUAUUUACCUUGUGCACAGGUGAACCCGUUGAGCAUGUGCGCUUUAGURAACAUGUGUUUCAGUAAAAAAGUUUUUUUUUAAAGAAGUAAAGAUAACUUAAUAAAAUAAUUGUUUAUCAAAAGAACAAAACAUCUGUUUUUUUAUUCUCAGAUUACAACGAUUGAGAAUGGUUUUUGCAGUUAUUGUAUCACUCGAUUAUUACUUGAUAUUAUUAGGCAAUCUAGUAAUUUGGCACAAUAAAUUAGAUUAUAGUUUGGGGAUUUGUGACGAUAUUUACAAUAUGAUAUCUGUGACAGAAUAUUUAAAGUAUCAUCCUAUGAUAGGCCUAUAGUGUGAUGCAGCGUACUGUAUCAUUUUGUGCCUCUGCGUUGCCCUGAUGAACUGGUCUAGGUUAUAUAUCUGGGUAUUUCAGGCAUGUUAAGUAUUUAACUACUAAAAAGGCAUGAGGUGGCGCACAACCCAAAAAAGUUAUUAGAGUUGCUGACUAGCGGAGAGCGAACUGUAGUAGGCUAUACAAAUAAGCAGUCGCACAAUAAGCUCCUAGAAAUAUGUUGGAUAAAUCAACGUUUCUGCAUCACAUUGUGUUCUUCAGGGUGUACGUAUUUAAC